UGAACAAAAGUUAUGUUAUUUUACCCAUUGAAUAAACCGUACUUAUGCCCGAAAGAAUAACUGUAUUACAUAUUAAAGUAAUACAAAUGAAGAAAAGCAAAUAGAUUACAAAUAUGAUAUGAGUUACAAAGUAGAAAUCCCCGUGCGUGAAAAUAGAACAGUCCAACCAUACACGGUAAUCUGCACUGUUGUCGAACGUUCUUCUCUGUGUGAGCGUGUAAGAAAACUCUAGGUCUCUCGGCCUAGUCCCUUUCAUUAGUAUCUUUCGAUCUGACCUUGGAUUACAAACCCAGGAACAGGGGUUUUGUGUCGUAGGGUCCAAACUUGCCUGUGUAUGAUUCUUUUGUGAUUAAAGUGGAAUUAAUUCUCCAUUCAAAAUGGAGCAGGCAUAUACAAAAUCCGUGGAAGAGGUGUGUUCGUUUUUUGGAGUAGAUGAAGAAAGUGGACUUAAUGAGGAACAAAUACGUAAAAAUACAGAAAAAUAUGGACCUAACGAAUUACCGGCUGAAGCUACUAAACCGCUUUGGGAACUUAUCUUAGAACAAUUUGAUGAUUUAUUAGUGAAGAUUUUAUUGUUAGCAGCCUGUAUAUCAUUUGUUCUCGCUUGGUUUGAAGAGGAUGAAGAACAAGUAACUGCGUUUGUGGAGCCAUUUGUGAUAUUGGUUAUUUUAAUAUGCAAUGCCAUUGUGGGCGUUUGGCAGGAACGCAACGCAGAGAGCGCUAUCGAAGCCUUAAAGGAGUAUGAGCCAGAGAUUGCUAAGGCUGUCCGCAAGAAUGCACCGGGCGUGCAGCGCAUCAGGGCUAGCCUGCUGGUACCUGGGGAUGUGGUCGAGGUCUCGGUGGGUGACAAGGUCCCAGCCGAUAUCCGCCUGACGACCAUCCAUUCCACGACCCUGCGUAUCGACCAGUCCAUCCUGACAGGGGAGAGUGUCAGUGUCCUCAAGCAUGCGGACCCCAUCCCUGACCCACGGGCGGUCAACCAGGACAAGAAGAACAUCCUCUUCUCCGGUACAAACAUCGCCUCUGGGAAGGCUAGAGGCGUCGUCAUUGGCACAGGCUUGAACACAGAGAUAGGCAAGAUUCGUAACGAGAUGAUGGACACUGAGACGGAGAAGACGCCACUGCAGCAGAAGCUGGACGAGUUCUCACAGCAACUCUCCAAGGUCAUCACUGUCAUCUGUAUCGCUGUCUGGGCCAUCAACAUCGGACACUUCAACGAUCCUGCACACGGAGGCUCUUGGAUGAAGGGAGCCAUCUACUAUUUCAAGAUUGCCGUGGCCCUGGCUGUGGCCGCUAUUCCUGAGGGUCUGCCAGCCGUCAUUACCACCUGUCUCGCUCUCGGAACCCGUAGAAUGGCCAAGAAGAACGCCAUUGUGCGCAGCUUGCCGUCCGUGGAGACGCUAGGAUGUACGUCCGUCAUCUGCUCCGAUAAGACCGGAACACUGACCACCAAUCAGAUGUCUGUCUGCAAGAUGUUUUUCUUCAACAAAGUGGAGGCCUCAAACGUGGAGACCUCGCAGUUUGAAAUUACCGGAUCCACCUACGCUCCUGACGGUGAUCUCUACCUGGGUGGAAAAAAGGUGCGUGGCAGUGAAAUCACAGGCAUCGAGGAGCUGAUGACCAUCUGUGCCAUGUGCAACGACUCCAGUGUGGACUAUAACGAGACCAAGGACAUCUAUGAGAAGGUGGGUGAGGCCACAGAGACAGCUCUCUCCGUACUCGUAGAGAAAAUCAAUUACUACAACACUGAGAAGACCGGCCUGAACAAGCGCGAGCGUGGCGUAGCAGCUAACCAUGUGAUUCAGCAGAUGUGGAAGAAGGAGUUCACACUGGAGUUCUCUCGCGAUCGCAAGUCAAUGAGCGUCUACUGCUCGCCAAACAAACCCACCCGCACGCCCGGUGGUGCCCGCAUGUUUUGCAAGGGAGCUCCGGAAGGUCUACUAGACAGGUGCACUCACGUUCGCGUCCAGGGCAACAAGGUUCCGAUGUCCCCAGUGAUCCGAGAAGAGAUCAUGAAGCUAGUCAGGGCAUAUGGAACAGGUCGUGACACCCUGCGCUGCCUGGCACUGGCCACCAUUGACAACCCACCCCGCCGGGAGGACAUGGACCUUGAAGACUCCAGGAAGUUCAUCGAAUAUGAGACCAACAUGACGUUUGUUGGAGUGGUCGGUAUGUUGGACCCCCCUCGUGAGGAGGUCGCGAAAUCCAUCCAGGACUGUCGGGCCGCCGGCAUCCGGGUCAUAGUCAUCACCGGAGACAACAAGGCUACUGCCGAAGCCAUUUGCCGUAGGAUUGGUAUCUUCUCUGAGAAUGAGUCCACAGAAGGCAUGUCGUUUACUGGGCGCGAAUUUGACGACCUGUCAGUGGAAGACCAGCGGGCUGCGGUGAUGAGGGCGCGACUGUUUGCCCGUGUUGAGCCCACUCACAAGAGCAAGAUUGUAGAAUACCUGCAGGGAGAGGGAGAAAUCUCCGCCAUGACUGGUGACGGUGUGAAUGAUGCCCCUGCCUUGAAGAAAGCAGAGAUUGGUAUUGCCAUGGGAUCUGGAACUGCUGUUGCUAAGAGCGCAUCAGAAAUGGUGCUUGCAGAUGACAACUUCGCUACGAUCGUGUCAGCUGUGGAGGAAGGGCGUGCCAUUUACAACAACAUGAAGCAGUUCAUUCGAUAUCUGAUUUCCUCCAACAUUGGAGAAGUUGUCUGCAUUUUCCUGACAGCCGCUCUUGGUAUACCGGAAGCUCUGAUCCCCGUUCAGCUGCUCUGGGUCAACCUGGUGACUGACGGUUUCCCGGCAACAGCCCUCGGCUUCAACCCCCCUGACCUUGACAUCAUGAAGAAGCCCCCUCGCAACCCCAAGGAGGGUCUCAUCACUGGAUGGCUCUUCUUCCGAUACAUGGCCAUUGGAAUGUACGUUGGUUGUGCGACUGUGGGAGCUGCUGCCUGGUGGUUUAUGAUUUAUGAAGACGGACCAAAACUGAACUACUACCAACUGACCCAUCAUAUGCAAUGCCCGGCUGAGCCUAAGAAUUUUGGCAACCUUGACUGUAGCAUUUUUAACGACCCACACCCAAUGACAAUGGCUCUGUCUGUGCUGGUCACCAUUGAAAUGCUAAAUGCUAUGAACAGUCUGAGUGAGAACCAGUCGCUGCUGGUGAUGCCACCGUGGACAAACAAGUGGCUGAUGGGAGCAAUCGCCCUCUCCAUGGGCCUGCACUUCUUCAUCCUCUACACGAAGGUCAUGUCGACGGUCUUCCAGAUCACACCUCUAAAUCUGACGGAGUGGAUCGCAGUGCUGAAGAUCUCCAUCCCAGUGAUAAUCCUCGACGAAACUCUCAAGUUUAUCGCGCGCAAAUUCACAGAUGGCAGGGAGGGGUUGGAGUACUAGGGACAUGCCAGGAGUGUUUUGAGGUGACAGCCCGUUUUCGUAGGGUCUUAGAUUGUCAUCUUCUGCAAAACUGUCAACUCAAUCCCUGGAUCCUGAUUGGAUACUCAUCUGCUAGCUACAGCAUCACAUGAUUAAAAUCCAGCAUUCUGAUUGGAGACUUUAAAGACAUUAUAUUUUCAAACCAAAAUCAAAAAAGGUUUUGCAAAAUCACCUUUAUCAAAUAUGCUUUUUUCUCAAUGGAAAUUAAAUUAAAUGACAGUGAAAGAACUGAUACUAAGGGAGAUGAAAUCUGAAAGUUUUGUGUGCUUGCCUAUUUUUGUAUUUUUGUGUGUCUGUAUUUUGUAUUAUGUUAUGAUGGGCAAGUAACUAGCUCAGUUUAGUAACUAUGACACUGCGUUUGCCUGGAGUUUGUUUUGAGGAUUGGGUUGAAAAGACUGAAAAAAUAUGUUUAUUGGAAUGCGAUUAAGAUUAAGUGUAAAAUUUUAUGAGCAUGCAAUAUUUCUACUGAACAAGAUAAGGUUCAUAUAUAUUGCAAUUUGCAAGCAAAGUGACCAUGUAAGUGUGCUAACAGAAACUUAUACCUUGAUAAUAUGUUUUUGUAAAGAUUUUUUGUGACAUCUAGACAUGUGUCUAGGAGGUAUGCUGUUCUUUUUAGUUCCAGUGGAGGAAAAACCGUAUGGAAGACGCCGCUAAACAUUGACCAACGUGCACACUAUGGCAAUCUUCCUUCAGCAGCUCUCAGUGGCAAAUAUAACAGCGCAAAAAUUUUGUGAUUUUGUUCCGACACUACGCUAUCUGGAAUGAUAUCUUUAUUCCUGAAAUAUAGACGAAAAUAUUUUAAAAAGCGAAUCACAACUUCUCUGCUUCAUUUUUAUGCAGAUUGAACAAAAAGAACUUUGAAUUUUGGAUAAUAAUUGAAACCGUCUUGUGACAGAUGACAAAAAUUGUGUGUACCGUAUCGCUUGUCAACCUCAUUUAUUUGUUGUUGUCUACAUUUUUUCCCAUCCAUUGUUCUGUGUUGUCCCAACUGAGCCAAGGCGCAGAGUUUUACAAUACACGCUCACACACUGAGAUGACUAGCUACUGCAACAGACGACUUUUUUAUUGCAAUGUGUCGUCUACUGACUUUGAAGAACGCUCUGAAGAGCACCAUACUUUUUGGCCGUGCUCUGUGAAUAUAGGUUUAAUGCAUGUACGUAAAGUGUCGUCCCAGAUAAGCCUGUGAAGUCUGCACAGGCUAAUCAGGGACAACACUUUCUGCUUUUUUGAUAUUUGUCAUUUCAAGAGUUUCUUCAUAGCAAACAUCAAGUUAAGGUGGAAAGUGUUGUUCCUGAUUAGCCAGUGGGGACUGCGCAGGCUAAUCUGGGAUGACACUACGCACACGCAUUAAGCCCCUUUUUCACAGAGCGCUGCUGAUUUGUAUUAUUUAUUUAUUUAUUGUACUGUUACAUCCAUUUAUACUGCGGGACUCGAGUUUAUGUUGUAUUAUGGACAGAAAUCAAAAUACCAUUCCAUAAUAGAUGCUCUUCAGACCUUUUCUUGAACUGUCGUAUUUAAGCGUUGUUUUUCUGUUUUUAAAAGGAAGCAUUACAUGUUAAAAGAUAAUUUGUUAAUCUGUCAUAACAUGCUGUAGAGUACUUUUGAACACCCAGUGAUUUUAUAAUUUUAUGAAAAACUUCUUUAUUGAGCAUCAAGUAAGGUACUAAAUAAAACUUGUAUAAUAGAAAAUUUCUGUUUUAAUACAAACAGUUGUUACCUCAUGUCUUUGUCAAGUUUCUCUCCCUUUGUUCAUUUUAUGUUUGUUGUGUAUUUAAAUUAGCUCAGAGUUUAUCAUGUGUGUGUUUCCCAUAUAUUUUAUGAAAAAUACUGUUGUAUUUUAUGAUGCAAAACUUUUUGUGCAGUUGUUGUUUUAUUAACAUGCAAAAUUAUGAUGUUUCUAUUGCGUCCACUUUUCUUUUUUGACUAAGCUACACUAGUUAUAGUAUUUUUAAAUGUGUUGGCUAUCCAGUGAAAUCAAUUACUUUAUUUUUAAGACAAGUGAUCAAUAGAUGUUGUUCAUACUGUAUGUUUAACCCUUCCCCACUCAGAGGCAAAGUGAAAAUGGCUAUGUGCAAACAGCAUAAAACCAGAACUGCCUGAAAUAACUCACAGACUGUUCAGGUUUCCUGCUGUUUGCUGCUCAUCAGUAUCUAAGGGUGAAAAAUGAACCUUUACAACUUCAAUCUAGUAAGAAAGGUCUUUAAGUAAAUUUUACUUUCUAAGGGACUACAAAUGCGUCAAAGUACGUAUCGAGGUGGUAAAUGGUUACAUCCUAAAUAUUAAAAUUAUCUUAAGCAAUGGAACGCUUCUUUAUGCGUUAGAAAUAAAUUAAGCCUCCAGCAGGUUCUAAUAAUUAUACAAAUGAAAUGUGAUGAAGUCAGAUGGGCUGACCUCUUGAUUGGCAAAGUGUUACAAUGUAUGUUGAAUACUGCACCAUAGUCAUUAAGUGUUUUUUAUGCAUAAAUUAUUACCAUUGUCAUCAUCCCGUACAUUAGAGUUAUUUCCUUACUAUUCGGGGAGUUAUUUUUCUGUGACUACUGUGUACAUAGUGACCUAGAUUGUGUACCUAGCUGGCAGCAUAUGUUUGAGUGAAUGGACAUAGCUUGUUUUCAUUAUAUGCAUUUCUUUAUACGGAUUCUUUGAUUGCUGAACAAUUGUCAAAACAAUCAAAUGUUUUCUGACUCAUUCAGAUUUGAUAGAAAUAUUUGUGAAAGAAAAUGCUUAAAAAUGCUCUACCAGUAAAAGAAUUUCUAACGACGAAUCAUAAAUUAUGUUUUAUAAUAUUGACAUAGUGAGAAAAAACUUUUUAGUAAUUAUGUUCAUAACAUUUUGAAUAUUAUUUUAUUUGGCAGUUAUAUAUAAUGCCUGAAUUAUUAUUUUCGUUUUUUGUAUUUAUUAUAAGUUAAAUAACAGAAAUUUGAAAAAAGCACCAAUACAAAAUAUUCGCAAUGACAUUUGGUGACUGGUGUUGACUAACACAUUGUAUGAAAGAGUAAGGAUAUAUGAAGUUGCCCUAAAGACAUGAAUGAAUUAGUUUCUUUCUUUUAGAGAUACAUUAUAUAUGGUAUGAGUGAAUAUGUUUGUUAUUUUGGUGUUCUUUUUCCACUAGUGAUUAUUUUUAGGGCUUAGAGCUCAUCUUUAAAAUCUUGAUGCAUAGGAAGGGGUGGCAUUUUCUACAUUGUUGUUGUGCGGAAAAUGUCCGCCUCCUCAAAAAUGUUUGCAUCGAGAGAUGUGGUUAUUGCGUCAAAUUGUAGUUAAAAUCUCUGAUCAGCGUCAAAAAUUGGGUUAGGGUUUGUUCAGAGAUUUUGUUACUAUACUUUGUGUAUUUUUUUAGAUUCUACCCUGUGUUGUAUGACAUAAGGCAGUUAUCAUUUUGAAAUCCAUGAACUUACAAUACCAAGAAAUUGCUGAAAGAAGCUAUAUAUACACUUUCCAUAUCUUUGUCAACAUUUACCUGUCUUAUAAUAAAUUGCAGUCAAGAACUUUGUACUUGAAUCUGAUACAAUUAUAUUCAUAAUUAUUAUUUAUAUCCAUUUAUGUAACUCUGCCAAAAUGUGAUUAAAACACUCAUGGAGAUAACUCUA